AUGUCUUCAUAUACAUCCUGCUGGGUUGAAGAUCAGGCUGCUCGUCAUACUGGCUCUGCUGCCGCUGCCAUCCACUGCGCAAGCCCAGCGAAGCACAAGCGGGCGUUGGCCGAGAUGGACGUCAACGCCGAGAUGGGCACGCCGAAGCGCCGCGCAGCGUCGAAUGCGAAAGUUGGAACACCCGGAGACGCUCCCUUCGACAUACCUACCACAGAUACGACACCGCGCCCAGUUUCACGGAUCCCGCUGUUGAGUGACGCUCCCGAGCCUCCGGACUUCCGGCAGACGAAGCGCGCACGCGAUCACAUUGACAGCGAAUCGAGCGCCCACUCAUCGACGGCGUCCGGUAGCAAAAAGAGUCGGCGAUCAGAGAGUCCUCAAAAAGAGAUGGCUUUGCGCGGCAUGAACAUACAAUACCCGGUUGCCCAGGCCUCGCUUGUAAACCCCGAAGAUCUCACAAGCGCUCCGGAGGAUGUGCGGAGUUUGGCAGAACUCAUGUACUCAGUCAAGGACUCUGUCGAUAUCCUGCCAAGAGCAGCCAACACUCCUGAGUGGCGAGCUGCUUUGACAAGCGGCAGUGAUCAACGAGAUCAGCGAAAUUUCCAAACCCUGUUCCGCGCAGACGAUCCCGCCAACGACCAUGUGGACUUCUUGCCAGAUAAAACUCAUCUCUGCGAACUGGUCGAGGAAGCCCGAGAGAACAUGAUUCGCUUCGCGUCCGAGCCGGCCUGGAAUUCAUCCGUACACCAUCCCCUGCUCAACACUUCUCUGCGCGGCGCUCGGCACAACUUCCGUUUCGACAAUAUCACGACUGCAAGGAUCGUGCCUGCGGCACUCCUACCUGUGCCCGCCGACACCUCCCAAUCCCGCAAGGUCGACUUCUGCCUUACCUUCAAGGUGCCAGACGACAUCAAGCGCCGCCUUGGAGCCCGCGACAUACACCUCAACCAAACGGACUACACGCCCCUUCUGCUGGACGCAAUCGUCGCAAGCAUCGAGACGAAGCUGCCAGGCGAAGGCAGAGCGGACGGCAUGCGGCAGCUCAUGACUUGGGCACAGGCUCAGGUCACACGCUUGCGGCAGCUGCUGAAAGAAUUUGGCCGUCCAGAUGCUGGAAUUGUUGAAAUACCGGUUAUGCCGCUGUUGUUUGUACAGGGCCAUGAAUGGCAUUUCCUCUGCUUCAAAGACGUAGCUGGAGAGAACAUGGCGACAUUCUACAGCGAUGGGGUCUUAAUUGGGAGUACGACGAGCUUGCUGGAGACGUGUAAGGUCGUGGCUGGGCUGAGGGUGUUGAUUAAGUGGGCAGAUGAUGUGUGGUGGCCGUGGCUCAGACGAGAGAUUCUGGACAACAUUACAGAUGCCGCACGGGUGGUUCCGUAA